AUGACUCAAAUAUUUAGUAACGAAAAUGUUGUAAAUGCUGAUAAAGACAUAGUUAAUAAUAAAAACGCUCAAGUUAAGGAUAUUCCAAUUGAAGUUAAUAGAGAAGCAAGCUUCGAAAAUACUGAGAAAAGCUCAUCCAAUAAAACUUCCAGUAUUAAUAACCGAGAAAUCUUUAAUAAGGAGAAGCGUCCUGAACAAUCUAAUGAUCAUGACCCAAGCUAUCAAAAUCUUCAAGAAUCGAGAAUUGCUAGGAAUGGUAUAGAUUCAGUGGAUGAUUGUUUAGCUCAAGAGCGAACUACGGAAAAUAUUGAUUUAAUAGAAGAUCCUUUAGCCCGAGAGAAUUUUGCAGAAAUGUGUGUCUGCUUAGCUGAUAAACAGUCUGUGCAAGAGAGAUCUGCAGAAGAAGGUAUCGACUUGGUAGAUGAUGGCUCACGUCAUUGUAUCAGUUCUGGAGAAGAAGCUCUUAAUUUACUGCAUGAUAAUUCAAGCCUACUUUGGUACGGCAAACUUGUGGUUGAGAGCAAUUAA